AUGGAGACAAUUUUUAGGAAACUUAGGAGAUCCCAUAGGAAAAAAAAAGAAAUGGUAGAAGUUGACAUCAUUGAUGAAAAGGAUUGGGCUCAUGCAAAAACGCUCGAUUUGGAAGGGGAUUCAUUUGAUUAUUCUGAGAAAAAGCAUAGAAAUGAUGUUGAAAAGACCGAAAAUGAAAAAAGAGAAAUUGGUAUAGAUGACUUUUACAUGUUACAUGAUGAUUUAGGGGAUGUUAAAAACUACAAGAAGAAAAAAUAUCUUGUAGGCUCCUUUUCACGCAUGAAUGAAGAUGGAACUAAUGAAAGCACCGAUUUUGCCAAUGAAUAUUACAUUAAAAACAAAAAAGAUGAGAGGAAUAGAUGCACCAAUGAGGGCGAAUAUAUCGAUCGAAGUAAAAACAAACAUAAGAGUAGAGGUAAAAAUGAACACGAAAGUGUAGGAGUAACAAGCAGGGAACCAUAUGCAUAUCAUGAUUUUGAAAAAUACAAGUGUGAAACGAAGGAAUAUUCAGAUGUAGAGGAUGAUAUGGAGUCUUAUGAGGAGGACGAGGAAGAAGAAGAGGAAUACCCAGAUGGGGUGGAAGUAGAUGGGGAGGAUGUAGAUGAGGAGGAAGGAGAAGAGGAGGAAGGAGAAGAGGAAUAUGCAGAUGGGGAGGAAGUAGAUGGGGAAUAUGCAUUUGAGGCAGGUGAAGUAGAGUACGGAGAAGAAGAGGAAUACCCAGAUGAAGAAGCGAUUAAUGAACACGUUGAUGGUGAAACCGAAGAUGUGUAUGAAGACCAAUAUGAAAAUGAAAUGAUAGAGGAAGAGUCAGAUGGUGGAACGAAUUCUAAAUACAAGAGAGAAAAGUGCGAGGGAAGUAGAACACAAGUAAAAAUUGGAGAACAUAAAAGAAUUGUGCCAGAGGAAAGCAAUCAAAUAAGUAUAAAGGACGAGAAAUCUGCAGAUGUAGUUGAAGAAUCAGAGGAGAACGAGGAUUACGUAGAUGAAAAAUUAGAAAUAUAUAAUAAUGAAGAAAUAGAUAAACAAGUUGAAAUUGCAUAUGUUAAAGGCAAAGGUAGAUGUAUGUUUACACGAAAAAAUUUAGAUGCGGGUUCUAUUAUUUUUAUUGAAAAACCAUUAUUAAUAAUUACACCUAGCUUAAAUGAACAGUUAUGGACGUAUCUUAAUAAGUUAAAUAACGAAGACAAUUUUGAAUUACCUCUCAAAUGGCACUAUGCUGCAUUAUGUACUAUAACAUUACUGGACGAACGUGAUUUUAAGGCGUGUAUCGAUAAAUGGAUUCCAGAACCAAAUAGAGAGGCAGAUGCUGAUGUGUUCAAUGUUUUAGAAAAGGUGUGCGAAAAAAAAACUUCCAAAAAUGGAAAAAAGUAUUAUUAUUACCAAAAGAAAUUGAUAGAUCCACAAAUAUACGACAGGAUAAUACAAGUUUGGCAUUACAAUGCCUUUGGCCAUCAUACAGACAACGAGGGAUUGGUUCUGUACAAUCGGAUCUCUAUGCUUGCACACAGUUGCAACUCAACUGCCUGUUGGCACUAUGGAAACGAUGACAGUUUUGUUCUGAGAGCUAGAGUUAAGCUAACAGUUGGUGACGAAUUAACAAUAUCAUACCUGGGAGACGAUGAUUUGUAUAAAUCCUGCAACAUUAGAAGAGAGAAACUUACAAAUUGGCUAUUCGUGUGCAUGUGCAGUAGAUGCACGAACCCAAUUGAUUACUCAAGGGGGUUUAAAUGCUCAACUUGCGGGAUAGGGACGUUCUUCAUAAAAAGUGAAUACCACGACGAAAUCCCUAUUAUUACCAAGUGCAACAUCUGUGAGUCCGAAAUAUCAGAAGCUACAGCAUAUGAAUAUAUCGAAUAUGAAAAUAGCUACAUAGAAAGAUUACAGGAAACAGACAAAAAUGACAUUUCAGAUGCAUUGGCCGUUUAUAUUCAAGCUGAUAAAAUAUUUACACAACAUUGGAUUAUGUAUCAAUUGUAUACAAUAUUGUUUGAGGGGUAUAGAGAUAAGUGUAACUGGGAAAAGGCCAUAUACUAUCAGAUGCAAAGAAUCAAAUAUGCUGUAGAUGUCAUUCCUAGGGCAAAUUAUGUAUUGGCUUGGUUAUACGAAGAAUUGGGGGAAGCUCAGGCGAAUUCGAUAAAUACAGACAUAUUACUAUCAGAGAAGGAUUUUACCAUUUCCUAUGAGGAGAAAAAAAGAAUAUGUUCUCACUUUUUGAAGUCUAUCCACCUGCUGGAAAUACUGUGCGGAUAUUCUCACGAUUAUCUGAAGGAUUCACUAAACAAAUACUACCGAAUUGACAGCCUAACGUGUACGGAUGCACCACAAAUCGAGGAGUAG